UCAUUGAUGUAUUACUUACACCGUGCUUUCCAUCGCAAAUUACCUCUCAUGUAAGCAUCCAUUACAAUAUCCAAUAUGGCGGACCAAACCUGGCGUUUCUGAGUGAACACACUUGUUCAGUAAAUCGUCGACUAAUUCUGGUGAGAUCAAGAUUUUGAAUGGUGGUUACUGUAAUGGAUUGCCCAUUAUCGAAUUGAAAUGUGGCACGAGUGACAUCGUUUUAUUAUUACUAAAAUUGCCCUCUCAGACAUUCGGUCGUAUUUUAUUUGCCCCAUCAUCCCCAAGACGUACAUGUCGCACCUCCGUGUGAUGCGUCCUGGGCGAUGCUAUUAAAAAGCAUGAUUUUCUACCCACCGGUUUGAGCUUAUAAAUAUGUCCAAGCGAAUCGCGGUCCGCAUUCUGUAACGUAAAGAUGGCCGUAGUAUUCGGUACGCUACUAGCGGUACUGCUAUUUCAAAUCCUCGACUGCACACCGGAUGUCGGUACAAAGCGGUUGCUGGUACGCGAUACAGUUGGUAACCAUUUUUCGGAGGUGAUUGUGAACGCCCUCAACCGGUACUACGUGCAGAACCAUUCGUCCACGUUGCUGAUGCGUCUGUCCACCGUUAGCCGGCAGACGUACGACCUGCAGUCGGACAUCAUGGACGAGGUGAUGCAGCGUACGUCGCACAGCAUCGCGUACGAGUAUCGCUCGGUCGGGCAAUACUAUCCUUCCCGGCGGCCCCGCAUAUUUAAUCUCGCCUUUAUCGACGGUUACAACGCAUUCGAGCAGCUGUUCGAUUCGCUCGAUCCAGCACAGAACGAUUUCUCCGGAUAUUAUCUGCUGGUGCUAACGGCGCUUGAUACAGUGCCGGUGGAAACUAUUGCCCGCAUGUUUAGCAUUCUGUGGACGUUAAAUGUGGUGAACGUGAAUGUGGUUACGGCCGAUCUGCAGGACUAUAGCCACUGGCAGAGUGUGCUGAUGUACACGUACUACCCGUACACGUCCGAUGGUUGUGAGAAGAAUGUACCGCAGUUGGUGCAUCGCUUCCGUAAGGGUACCAAGUGGACGGAUCACAGGAUUGAACUGUUUCCGAACAAACUGUCCAACUUUCACCGUUGUCAGAUCACGGUCGGUACGUUUCAUCUGCCACCGUACGUGUUGCUCAACCGGCAGGAUCGGGAACAGUUGAGCUACGGUGGCUUUGAAGGUGAUCUGUUGCGUGCGCUUAGCGUGAAGCUUAACUUUACCGUGCGCCUGAUCGAACCGGAAGCUGGUGAGCUGUGGGGCCAGACACCUUCCAGUAUCGCGUCAUCUACCAACUCGUCCGGAUGCGUCCAGUUGGUACUUACCGAGCGAGUUAACCUCACAUUUGGUCGGUUUGCGAUUCGUGGCGAUCGGAACCUGUUGAUGAAGAGCAGCCGUAGCUACUAUACCGUCCGCAUGAUGUUUGCUGUACCGUCCGGCCGGGAGUACACACCGUUCGAGAAGCUGUUCCGUCCGUUCGCCCGCUCUACCUGGAUGAUGGUGAUACUGUACCUGAUCGUUGCCAUCUGCGUCAUUGGUACGAUCGAACUCAGCCGACGAUCUGACGUACGCGACUUUGUGUAUGGGCGUGGCGUGACCACACCACUGCUCAAUCUGUUCAACGUAGGGUUUGGCGGUUCACUAAAACUUCUACCCGGGCGAAACUUCGCCCGUACACUACUGCUACUGUGGAUGUACUACUGUCUUGUGGUGCGCACCUGCUAUCAAGGAUCAUUGUUCGAAUAUUUGCAGGAGCACAAAAACUUUAGCCCACCACAAACGGUCGAUGCGCUGGUGGGGGAAAACUAUCGCUUCUACUCACUGUACGGUUCCGCUCUCUAUCUGCAGCAGAUGCCUGCGAUACUGUCACGGUAUUACUAGCGGCUCCAAUAGUGACCAUUACAAUUUCUUAACCACUAACAGCUAUUUCUGUUCGCUCGCUCUA